AUGAAAUCCUGCCAAAGCCUCAAGGAGGAGGUCUCCGUCCCGUGCUUGGGCGGGAUGUCACAAGAGGAGAGCCGCAGGCCGCAGGUGUCUCAGUCCUAUUACCACCCUUCCAACCCGGGGGUGGACCUGACAGGCAAGCUGUUCAAGAGAGAGGGGGGCGGCAAGCCCUACUCGGUUCUGGUCGACAACAAAAGCGCCACCAAGACGGCGGCGGCCGACACCGCUCGGCAGUAUUUCCGCGAGAGACCGGAUAUACGCUCACGCGUCGACGGGGCCACCUCUGAGGAAAGCGAAGACGAGGACGAAGAAGAGGAAGGCGACGACGAGGACGACGACGAAGAAGAAGAGACGGCUUUCAAGCGCGAGCAGAUUAUCGUGGAGGUAAACCUGAACAAUCAGACGCUUCACGUAUCCAAAGGCGACAACAAAGCCCCUGCCGCCGCCGCCGCCGCCGCGGGAGAGGAUUCCGAGAGAGGCGGCAGCGAGGAUGACGACGACGACGGCGGCGGGGAAGAGGGUGAAGAGGAAAGCCCGGAUGAGGAAGAGGAUGAAGACGACGACGAGGAGGAGACGGAAAGUCAAGCGACGAGGUCGAAGAGGGCUCACGGCGGCGCUUCCGGCCGGCCGCUGAGGAAAAGUCUCCGGGCGACUCUGAGCUCGUCGCCCACCGGGAUGACCACCAGGGGGCGACGGAAGCACGCCGAGAGGCCCCAGAGUCAGCGUCGCUCCGCUCGCCCCGUCCCGACGUCGCCCGCGGGCGCCAAAGCCGAGGGGGAGAAGGAGUUGCUGGCGUGUGAAAAGUGCCCUCGGGUCUUCAACACGCGUUGGUACCUGGAGAAGCACAUGAACGUCACGCACAGGAGAAUGCAGAUAUGCGACAAGUGCGGCAAGAAGUUUGUCCUGGAGAGCGAGCUAGCCUUGCACCAGCAGACCGACUGCGAGAAGAACAUCCAGUGUGUCUCCUGCAACAAAUCCUUCAAGAAGCUAUGGUCGCUGCACGAGCACAUCAAGAUUGUGCACGGCUAUGCCGAGAAAAAGUUCUCGUGCGAGAUCUGCGAGAAAAAGUUCUAUACCAUGGCCCACGUCCGCAAGCACAUGGUUGCUCACACCAAGGACAUGCCGUUCACCUGCGAGACAUGUGGCAAGUCAUUCAAACGCAGCAUGUCCCUCAAGGUGCACUCGCUGCAGCAUUCUGGAGAGAAGCCUUUCCGUUGCGAGAACUGCGACGAGCGCUUUCAGUACAAGUACCAGCUGCGCUCUCACAUGAGCAUCCAUAUCGGACAUAAGCAGUUCAUGUGCCAGUGGUGCGGCAAAGACUUCAAUAUGAAGCAGUAUUUUGACGAACACAUGAAAACUCAUACAGGAGAGAAGCCUUUCAUUUGCGAGAUUUGCGGCAAGAGCUUCACCAGCCGGCCCAACAUGAAACGCCACCGACGCACGCACACGGGCGAGAAGCCGUACCCGUGCGACGUGUGCGGCCAACGCUUCCGCUUCUCCAACAUGUUGAAGGCGCACAAGGAGAAAUGCUUCCGGGUCACCGGCCCGCUGGCACCGCAGGCCGGCAUCUUCGCCGGCGCUUUCUCCUCUGCCUCCUCGUCUUCUGGUCCCGGCCCUUCCGCCGCCUCCCCGCCGGUCGCGACGGCCGGCGCCGCCGCCCGGGAGCUCGCCCCGACCGCUGCGGCCUCGCCGCCGCGAGCCUCUUUGGGACACGCCUUCGGCCACGUACAGCACCACUCGGCGUCCUUGCACCACCGCCCCCAACAGCACCUCAACGCAGCCCAACCCGCAACACCUCACACCCCCCACCACGCCCACCAUCAUCAUCACCACCACCUGGCAGUGCCCCCGGUCUCCCACCUGCCCCCUCCCCCUGCCCUUUUUAAGAGCGAACCUCUAAACCACUGCGGGCACGAAGACGGCGCCUAUCUGCACCACAUGGCUUCUGCCGAUAAGGGUCCCGGAGCCCCUCAACAUCACUGA